AAAUGUAUAACUCCAACACACUUCUCUCUCUAGCCCUUCUCUCUCUCUCAGAUUGUGUUUCAGAGCUGUCACGUGUCAGGUUCGAAGCUCAAAGAAAAAAUGGGUCUUCCUCUAAUGAUAAACAACGACGACAACAACAACAACAAGGUCGAGCUUUCUCGAGUGGCAGUUUCCGACACACAUGGUGAAGAUUCACCUUACUUUGCCGGCUGGAAAGCUUAUGACGAAAAUCCUUACGAUGAAUCACAUAACCCUUCCGGUGUCAUUCAAAUGGGUCUCGCCGAGAAUCAGGUCUCGUUCGAUCUUCUUGAAAGUUACUUAGAGAAGAAGAACCCAGAAGGCUCGUUGUGGGAAUCAAAAGGAUCAUGUGGGUUCAGAGAAAACGCACUGUUCCAAGACUACCACGGUCUCAAAACUUUCAGACAAGCCAUGGCUAGCUUCAUGGAAAAGAUCCGUGGAGGUAAAGCUAGAUUCGAUCCUGAUCGGAUCGUCCUCACCGCCGGAGCCACCGCUGCUAAUGAACUCUUAACUUUCAUCCUCGCCAAUCCCAACGACGCACUUCUCGUCCCCACGCCGUAUUAUCCAGGAUUCGAUAGAGAUUUGAGAUGGAGAACCGGAGUGAGAAUUGUACCGAUUCAUUGCGACAGCUCGAACCAUUUUCAGAUAACCCCUGAGGCGCUCGAGACAGCUUACGAAACAGCACGUGACGCGAACAUUAGAGUCCGAGGAGUGCUCAUAACCAACCCAUCAAACCCAUUAGGCGCGACGGUCCAAAAGAAGGCUCUGGAAGAUCUCCUUGACUUCUGCGUACGCAAGAACAUUCACUUGGUCUCCGACGAGAUCUACUCCGGCUCGGUUUUCCACGCGUCAGAAUUCACCAGCGUAGCCGAGAUCGUAGAGAACAUCGAUGAUGUGUCAGUCAAGGAACGUGUCCACAUCGUUUACAGCCUCUCCAAAGAUCUUGGCCUUCCCGGUUUCCGAGUUGGGACCAUUUACUCGUACAACGAUAAUGUUGUGCGGACAGCGAGAAGGAUGUCGAGUUUUACGCUUGUCUCGUCCCAGACACAACACAUGUUGGCUUCCAUGUUGUCGGAUGAGGAGUUUACGGAGAAGUACAUAAGGAUAAACCGAGAAAGGCUUAGGAGACGGUACGAGACAAUUGUGGAAGGGCUUAAGAAGGAAGGGAUCGAGUGUUUGAAGGGCAACGCAGGGUUGUUCUGUUGGAUGAAUUUGGGUUUCUUGCUCAACACGAAUACGAAAGAAGGUGAGCUCGAGCUUUGGGAUGUGAUCUUGAAGGAACUGAAGCUGAAUAUAUCGCCGGGAUCGUCGUGCCAUUGCUCGGAGUUUGGAUGGUUUAGGGUUUGUUUUGCUAAUAUGAGUGAGAAGACUUUGAAGAUUGCGUUGAAGAGAAUACAUGAGUUCAUGGACCGACGAAGGAAGGUUUUGAAUUGUUAAAACACAAGAAGUAAAUUAAAAGUUCAAAACCGAUUUAAUUUUUAUAUGGCUAAUACAUGGAGGGUAAGGGGAAAUUAGUUUUUUUUUCUUGGAAAGAGAGGACAGUUAGUUGAAAUCCAUUUAUGUAAAGUGGGUUUUGAUUUGUUUCUCUUUUCUAGAUACUAUUGUUUGUUUUCUUGCUUUGGAAGAAGCAAGUUAAUUUCAUGUUUAUUAAAGGUUGAUUGUAAUAUUUGCUGUUAUAUACGAAAAUUGAAUAAUUCCUUUUGAUAUAUUCCUUUUGAUUGUAAUAUUUGCUGUUAAAAAAAAGAAUAAUUCCUUUUGUUUAUCAUGUUGAACAUUACAAAUAUCUCUAAACAUUUUCAUAUUGUUCUUGAAGGCCAUUGAUAUAUAUACACAUAAUAUUUGUUGUACCUUUUUUUAUUUGAAGAUGAUAUCUGUUGCUGUAUACAGCAAGUGGGUCUAAAUUGAACAAUGAGAUUAUGUCAGUGUUGAUGUAAUUUCCAAAGAGGUUAGUGUUGUUAUGUGGUCGGGUCUUUUUGACUUGGUCACUCUACAACUCUAACAAGUAAGGUGUUCCCUUUUUCUCUUACUUUAAUUUAUCCGAAAACACGGUAUCGGUGAGAUCGAAUUAAUAUUUUUGUAGUUAUAUCAACUAGUUAAUUAUUUUCAUAGUAUAAUUGUAUUAAUUGAUUAGUUCAUUUCUAGCUAGAGUAGUCUUCAAGUUAUUUCGUUCUCUUGGCCAAAGCCGAGGUCGUAUACCACUUGAUGAAUAAAUAUUAAAAUAAAUAUUGCAAAGACAAUGGUCUCUAUUAAAAUAAAUAUAAAUAAUGCAACUUGCCGUUAUAAGUAUUAUUAUAUUAUGUU